CGCCCACAAAAUAAAAGGCAGCAGGACGAUCUCCGCCACCACUAAACUACUCCAACCGACCGCCAUGAUUAGCUCAGGCUUCCGACCCCUUCUUCCCCGACCCCAAGAAAUCAGUAAACUAAUCACGCUCCCUAAUCGCGCAAUCCCCCACACAUAUAUACGCGCCACCCCCCUCCACCAUCGCCAUUCCUCCACCACCACAUCUCCAACGCAAUCUCACCCGGAAAAGGAAAAAAAAGACGUCUGCUUGAGCCGCCAUGACCUCGCGGACCCGCUGAGGCCAAGCCCCCCCCCACCCCCCGCCGUGCCGUCCCGUCCCGUCCCGUCCCGUUCCGUUCCGUUCGUCCCAAGAUCCGCGCUUUGAUUCGCUCGCCGCCGAGACCAUGCCGGCCACGGACUUCCAGGGCUCAUCCACGCCGUCCCACUCCCACUCCUCCCCGUUCUCCUCCUUCGGCCGUUCCCUCCUCUCCCUCCGCCGCGACACCCCGGCCUCCGCGUCGGCGGCGGCGGCGGCCGCGGCGAUGCCGAUGCCCGGCGUGGACCCGGAGGUCGAUGAGUUCCACGGCCACGUUGCCGCGCAACUCGCUGACCUGAGGGCUAGUGGCGGCGGCGGCGGCGGCGGUGGGGAGGAGGAGGAGGAGUUCCUGUCCAUCGCGUGGAUCCGGCGCCUGCUGGAGGCGUUCCUGCUGUGCCAGGAUGAGUUCCGGGUGCUGGUGGCCGACGCGCGCCGCCGCGGGGCGCUGCCGGCGGCGGCGGAGAAGCUGGUGGCGGAGUUCGGGGAGCGCGCCGUCAAGGCGCUCGACGUCUGCAACGCGGCGCGCGACGGGGUGGACCAGGCGCGCCGGUGGGAGCGCCUGGCGGGCAUCGCGGCAUCCGUGCUGCUCGCGCCGCCCGAGGGGGAGAUCCACGAGGGCCAGCUCCGCCGCGCGCGGAAGGCGCUCUCGGACCUCUCCGCGCUCCUCGUCGACGACGCCGCCGCCACCGCGGGCGGUGGCGGCGGGGUCGCGUCGUUCCUCGCCUCCCACCGCAACCGCUCCUUCGGCCGCGCGCGGGCGUCGCCGUCUCGCGCCGCGUCGCUCGCCUCCUCCUCCUCGUCCUCGUCGUCCUCCUCCUCCUCCACCCACUUCCGCUCGCUCUCGUGGAGCGUGUCGCGCAACUGGUCGGCGGCGCGGCAGCUGCAGGCCAUCGGGUCCGGCCUGGCGGCGCCGCGCGGGAGCGAGGCCUCGGGCGUCGCCGCGCCGGCCUAUGCCAUGGGAUCCCUGCUCCACCUCGCCGCGUGGGCGCUCGUCGCCGCCGUCCCCUGCCCGGACCGCGGCGGCGCGCUCCAGGCGAGCCACCUCCCCGCCGCGCCGCCGCGCGCGGCGUUCCCCUGGGCGCCGCCGCUCCUCGCGCUCCAGGAACGCCUUGCCGAGGAGGGCAAGCGCAAGGAUCGGCGCAAUUCCUGCGGCCUGCUCAGGGAAAUUCACGCGCUGGAGAAGAGCGUGCAGAGGCUCGCCGAGGCAAUCGACGCUGCUCCUGCACCCCUCACCGGCGAGCGGGAGGCCGAGGUGCGGGAGGCUGCAGCAGAGCUCGCCGCGGUGUGCGCUGCCAUGAAGGAUGGGCUGGACCCGCUUGAGAGGCAGGUUCGGGAGGUCUUCCACCGCAUCGUGCGCUGCCGAAUGGAGGGUCUCGAUUCGCCGAUGCUCAAUGCCGAUUGAGCCAUCAAGACCUUGCCUCUGAACGUGCAAUGUGGUGGUGAUAGGUAGCUUUCCUGUUCUUGGUUUCUCCACUCUUUGUGAUCGGCUAGUUGCAAGUAUAAAAUGUGUAUCCUUCUGUAAAGGAUUACAGAAAGGGGAAACGAAAGGUGUCAUCUUUCAGUAAAGAUGAUUCCUUAUUCCCAUGUUUUGAUGCUGCAUUUGGUGUAUAUGGCCGCGUUUUUGCUAGUGUCACGUGUGCGCAGCUAGUUCUCUAGUAACUUGUGUUGCAAAAAUAUGUGAGUCACUUUGGGAUUGUGACUUCCAUUGACAACGCUAACAAGGAGAAAAAAUAUAUGAAAAAAAACUAAUGCAGUUUAACUUUGUAGA